UUUGCCUGUAUUUGCAACAGAGCAUUAUCAUGGCGUGUCAUGCGAUGUGUGUUUAUCUUCUGGUGGCAAUAGUUGUUGCCUUUGGCAGCUCCACGGCGGCUCAUGUAAAACCGAAACGAAACAUUUUUGAAAACUGUCCAGAAAAUACGAUCCCCGCCAGUGCUGUAUUUGAUCCCGCCAUAGGAAAGUUCCUGUUCUCGUGUAGGAAGGCACCUGCGCCUAUUGGUAAAUGUGUAAUUUUAGAGGAAGCCGAUCCAACACAAUCACUGAAGUGUCCUCCCGACUUUGUGCUGAUGGGCAGUGAGCGAAUAAUCUGCUGUGAACUAAAAGGUAUUGCUGCUACGGCAGAUUGCUUUAGACCAAAGACAUUGUAUUCGUUCAAACUUGGGUUUGUUAUUCCGUUCCCUAAAGACUUCGCAGCGGUUGGCAGAUUGAACUAUGGGUAA